CUCAGUCCUGCAGCAGCGGAUGAGAUCAGCUGAUGCAACAAUGGCCGCCGCCGAGUGAAGAACUCAAUAGUGUGACAGGAAAGUUCCCCGGUUGGAGCAAAUGUCCAGCAAAACGAGCUAGUCCUCGACGGCUCAUUUCGCGUAGGAAAAGAAUGGCGGGAUUGGAAGGCUACGGGGAUGUGUACAGGGGUCGACCUGUCAGAUCGUGGGAGGCGGGGCCGUCGCAAAGGUACCACGGUCGAGAGGUUAUCCGUCCCCUGGACAUACCCGUUAUCCAUCCUCUAGCGGAGGACAAUCCACCGAUUGGCAACGAUGACCUCACCGUGGGCAAGUACGUCGCAAUGGGCUGCGGACUGGCGAGCCUGAUCACGGGGAACCUGUUGACCCACCCGUUCGUGGUGUUACGGCGGCAGUGCCAGGUGAAUCCGGGCGCAACCAAGUAUCACCUGAUGCCCGUAACUCUGGUACCCGUGAUAAUACGUUUGCACCAGACCCAGGGUAUAAAUACGCUGUGGAAGGGGAUCGGCUCGGUCCUACUCGUGAGAGCGAUGACGAUGGCCGUCGAGGAUCUGAUUUCGAAAGUCACACCAUGGCAAAAGACUAUCACUCACAGCUCGAUGAAAGCAUUCGGCCAGCAUAUUCUUCUCAAGUGCGUCUCCAUAGGUAUAGUGACUCCUUUCUAUUCCGCGUCGCUCGUGGAGACCGUUCAGUCCGAGAUUGCGUCCGAAUGCCCCGGGAUCUUGGACGUUUUCCGGGACGGCGCGAUACGCCUGCUCGACGUAUGCAACAAGGGUAGACUCAUUCCGAUUUACGCUCUCGUACCACCCACCAUAUUUUACGGAGUAUCGAAAUAUCUCUUCACCAUGGUUGUGAAGGGGGUUACCAGUCGGAUUAUGCACGUCAGGCAUAAACACUCGCAGGAAGCAAGAGGCGCGUACAGUAAAGACCUGCUAUCCGAGAGCGUUCUUCAGGACAUAGAGACGCAGUCCAUCCUCAUCUCGGUGUGCGCGGCCGACAUCGUGUUUUAUCCCCUCGAAACUGUUAUUCAUCGGUUGCACCUUCAAGGCACGCGCACCAUCAUCGACAACCUGGACACCGGCAGGAGCGUCACGCCGUUGCUGACUGGAUACAGCAGCGCGGCCGACUGUUACCGCACAAUAAUCUCCACCGAAGGGCCACUCGGUCUGUACAAAGGAUUCGGUGCUCUUAUCUUACAAUUCGCGGUACAUUUCAUGGUGCUGCGCGCGACAAAGUGGCUUCUAACGGAACUGGGCGCGAUGCUGAUGCCGAGACCCAAGCCGAUAAAGCCGCCAAAACCUUCGUACUACGACGAAAUAUAAAGGAGACCUUGUAACAAAGAAUGUAAGAUAAUAUGGAAUUAUUUAUUAUUUGUCUUCACUAACGAUUGUAUAAGAUUGUAACAAAGAUAGUUUCCAAUCUUGCUCUUCGAUGAUUUUAUGUCGUCGCGUGCGUUGAUAGAAAAGUGGCACAAAUAAAAAAAAUUAGUAUUUUUGAAUUUUGUCACUUUUCUAUCAGCGCAGCGAUACGCCGCAGAUUAGAGAACUUUUCUCGUUUUCCAUGCAGUUAAUGAUAAAAUUUUUCGUAUCUGCGCGACUGUGAUCACGCAAAAUUUUCUAUACUGUACGUUUUAUAAUCGACGCGAAUAUUAAGGUAUUAGGAAAGGAAAUAAGAGUUCUACAUAAAAUUAGAAUGUUAGGGAUGAAAUUUGUGAAAUAUCGCCAAUAUCUGUAGAUAUUCUCAUAAUCAUUUUUCACUGAGUACUUUCUACACCCGAUGAAAUAAUUAUAAUUAUGUGAUGUGAUUUACGUGACUUUAUAUUAGAUUAUUAUGUCGAUAUACACGUCAUAGAUUGUUUAUGAGGUAAAUAAAUUAAAAUAUAUACUA